AUGAACGGGGAGACCUGCGUGUCAUAUUGUGAGAUAACCAGCAUGGAUUCGUAUUAUAACACAGCUCCGCAGGGGAGAGAGCAUCAACACGCUCCUUUUCGAACAUUCCAGCCAACUGACAAGUUCGGCCCUAACUUCCUGGCCAACAAAGGCCAAAGUUAUGGUGACAAGUCGAGGAACCCUUUCCACCAGGAAUGCGAGUCAUUGGAUACCAACGUUCAAAACCCCAUCGGCGACAGCGCAUUUAACAAAUAUCUCUAUAUGCAGAGCGCUGGCCGGACGGCUAAGUCCCCUGUUCAAAACAAGAAGAUUCAAGAAGCGAGCCCCAACGGCGCCUUGAUACCCUGCUACGGUGAGGUUUCACCGAGCAGAGCUAAAUGGAGGAAGAGAGAACGCUUUGGGCAGAUGCAACAAGUUCGGAGUCACUUCUCCACUGCCUAUGAACUACCCAUUUUAACCAGGGAGAACUAUGCACAGAUUCAAAAUCCAUCUUGGAUUGGUAACAAUGGUGCCUCCUCUCCAGUGCCAGCCUGUGUUGUGCCCUGUGAAACAGUAACAUCUUGCAUGUCCCCACAUGCACACGCACAUGCUCCAGCUGGGGUAUCCGACUUCCUGGGUGUUUCUGCCCCUGGCAGCCAUGUGGGACAGGCACAUAUGGGUGGUCUCUUUGGCACCGCUGGGCUUGGGGCCGCUAUUAACACAUUUGACAUCAGUAAUGAACCAGAUCGAAAGUCAUCCAGCAUUGCAGCCCUAAGAAUGAAAGCCAAGGAGCACAGUGCUGCAAUAUCUUGGGCUACAUGAUUGACUUAAUGUUCAUAUUCAAACACUGAAAAUAAUACACUAUGCUGGACUAAAGACAUAAGAGAACAUGGAGAUUUAUAUGCAGCACUUUUCCUAUUAUAGGUUGGUAGGAUUAGAAAGGAGGUUUACUUCUAUUUAGAAAUAUUUAUAUUUUACCUUUUGCUGUACAAGAGCUACCCUGUAAACUAUUCAGACAGUUUCAUUUGAAAGUGAUAUCCUAAAGCUUCUAAAAGUAUCUAUAACAGAAACAUUAAUUUUGCAAUUAGAAUUUUAAAAAUUUCAAAGGAAAUAGCUUUUUGAAGGAAGUUUAUCUAAGUACAUUCAUGGUGAGUAUGAAAUCAGAAGCACAUGUAGAAGGACUAUUUUAUAAAAUAGAGACAAGCAAUUAAAAUGAUUCUCCUGCUUAACUAUUCUGAUAAGACCUUAACAAGAUAAACCAUUCAAACAGAACAACCACUGAAUCACAAAGUGGGAAAUAUUGUUUAUUCUAUAUUGAAUGAACUAAACUAAUUAUUAGAUUCUGAAAUCCUUUACAAUUUGUAAUUCUUAUUAAGUAUAUCAUAUUAUUCUAAUUGAACUUUAAGAAAUAGUUUACAAAUUGCAAAAGAUUUCCAUCUUGCCAUAUAGGUCUAAGUUCCAUUUAGGCUAGGAGUCCUUACAGUAUAUUGGCCGUGACUUCUUUAGAUACAAGUUUGUUUCAUUUUGAUAGAAAAUAAAACCAACUGGAUAUCAAGUUCAAAUUAUUUGUUAAAUUGCUAAUUCUGCAAAAAGAACAUUUACUUGAUUUGUAAACAUUAAAAAAACCCUAUGUGACUAGUCCUAGGCACUGACCUAUAGUAGAAACAGUAGUUUAAGAUCUUGCAAAGUUUACACAAUUUAAAAACAAAAGACAAGAAAACGUCUUACAAAUAAACAAAAAUGUUUUAUUGUGUACUGUGCUAAUAUACCAAAAGUGAAAUGUUAUAGUUUUAAAUGUAAUUAUCUUUUGCAACAUUCACGCCCAUUGCUAUUACUUAUACUACUGAAGCAGAAGGUUGAAGUUCAGAGUAAUAUAUCUGUUUGGGUGUGUUGUGUACUUUUGCUGAAAUAAAGUCUUGAGACUAUUACUGUUAUAAUUUGUUGUAAAAUAUUUUAACCUUGUAAACUCCUUUAGCUUUAAUUGCCUUGUUUUAAAUAUAAUAGUAGCAAAGGGUGCAGUUAGAUUACAUUCAAUAAAAAGUGUUACUGCAUCCGAAGUAGUGUUUAUCAUUACUGUGAGAAUUUAGCAAACUCAUAAUUUGCCUGUGUUAUAUUGGUUUAUGAAUAAGUUAUUGCACUUGGAACCAUGUUUUGCAUAUGUAAUUUCUUAGGAAACUGUAAGAGUGGGUCAGGGUGGUGUGUGUUGUUGUGACAGGUAUAAUCAAUAACCCAAUAAAAAGAAGUCUUUUUCCUACUGAAAAGAAAUGUCUUUUUUCCAGCA